AUAUGAAUGAGGGAAAAUUAAUGUACUCUUUGAAAUAAUUUGUUUAGGGGUGGUGGAUUAUUUGAUGAAGAGAGUAAAGGAAUUAAGAUUGGUUAUUGGAUGGAGUUGAGUGAUGGCUAAGAUAAACGGUCUUAGGUGAUUCAUGUUGAAUAUAGAUAUGGAAAGAAAUUUGGUACAUGGGUAUAUACUUGA